AUGAGGCCGAUGCCACGGAGGACUUGGACGAACCCCCCCGAUCACCAACAUAUCUUUCACGACACCUCGAUUCACCAGCACGAGAGCAUCGAAUUUGUCCGGCCGCCGAUGAUUUGCCGCCAGGAAUCUUUGCUCACGCGCGCCUUGAAGAACAGCCCGGAAAUGUCCCCGACAGACCAGCAUCACUCCAUCUACGACUCUACCUACAACUACCGUUCCUAUCCCCACAGCAAUAUCAGUGGCAUCUCAACUGCCGAACUCACCAGCGACGGUGGUAUGACGAGCCCUUCGCUUUCUAACACUCCCAGUCCGCCACUUCCUCCCCAGAUGUUGAGCAAGCCUUCAGUGACCGGUAAGAAGGAGAUGGCUCCCCGAGUUAAGGUGGUGGAUACGAGCGAGACGGCAGUGGAGGCGAAUCUGGGUCGCAAGCGCUGUAUCAGUUUUGCAUGUGGCCGGAAGGCCGAGCCACCCAAGCCAGCAGAACCAGCACCUCAAGCGACUCCCGAAACCCCCAUCGAACCGCCAAAACGAAAAUCGGCCCUGACCUUCGUUUGUCCCGGACGUCAGUCUCCAGCACCAGCACCUACAUCGGCGCUUCAAAGAGAACGCUCUCCUGCUCACAGGGCUGCUUUCCGAUCUCGAUGCCGUGGCUCCCCAGCCCCUGUCGGUCGUAAGGGUUCUCCGGCCCCUGCUCGCAAGAUCUCUGCGGAAUCUGCAGGUCCUUCGCGGGCGAAGCCCGCGGAGAAGGCAGAGAAAGUGGAGAAGACAUCCAUUACUUUGCCUAAGGGUGUGCCUACCAGUGGUCUUGGCCUUUUCGAGGAAUCUGAAGCCACUCGCUUUCAUGAGUUCGCUAGCUCUACGGAUGAGGACGAGGAGUGGGUGAAGAAGACCACCGAAUACCCUGAGAAGAUCACCAUGAACGACUGCAUGAAGAAGGAGAAUGCCAUCCGCCGUCUUGCUGAAGAGGUUGAUGCGGAGGCCCUUGACGAGGAUGAGGAAGAUGAUGAUGUUGAGGACAUCGCAGACGAUGACUCAACUAUUCAUGACUUUUCUUCCGACGACGGCAAUGAGUCAGAUAACGAGGCGGGCUUUGCCGACUCGGACGACAGUGACGAUGAUGGCUCUGACUACGAGUUCUGGGCCCCAUCUAUCACUGUUUCAGAUGGGUCUAAUGCCCAACCCAUUGAUGUCACACCGCCUGUUUUGGAGCGCCGUGCGUCUAAUACAGGUACAUCAUUUGACUCAUUGACUGACGACCAUCAAAAAUGGCUCCCGGCUCCCGUUCGCCGAAUGGCCAUCCGCCGCUCUGCCUCGAAGCCAAUUAAGAUGCGACCGGGCACUCCUAAGCUGCCCGAUAGCACCGACUUCGUGUGUGGGACGUUGGAUGAGGAUCGUCCUUUGGAGGUUGCAUACAAGUCCUGCAUCGAACAACGGCGUCUCCAAAGGCGUGUUGUAAUUCCUCAGGAUAUUGAUCCGAGUUUCCCCACAAGCGACCCUGAGGACAACGGAGAUCUGGAAGACAUCUCUCAAGAUCAGGACGAUGACGAGCCUGCUCUCGACUCAGCUCGUGGCCGCACCGACGCUCCUGUGCGCAAAGCGUCUCCCCGACACUCGCCUAAGCGGAUCAUGUCUCCUCCCCCUCCCUCUCGCCGGGCUGGUCGCUCGUCUCCCAAGCGUUUGAAGUCGCCUCCCCCUCGAGCACGGGGCCUCCGGGCGAAGUCCCCAUCGCCAUCGAAGCGGGCGCUGCCGGACGAGAUGCCCCAUAUGGAUUCUCCUCGAGGUCUCAACAUCAGUCACUUGGUUCAGCAGCGCCAGACAGUGACCCGUACAAAGUCAUUGCCUCGCAAGCCUAACCCAUUCUUCGCGUCCGACCAGUCAUAUCGGUCCGUUAGAAUGCCUUCUUUCCAAGAAUCUCACGAGCGUGAACCCUCCCGCACUCGUGAGCUGCACACACGAGGACCUAUCGAUAUCGUCGAGGGCCUUGAAAAGAAGCGCCAGAAACGCAAAGAGAAGUUCUGGCGCCAGCACUGCCGCAAAAACGCCAAAGAGCAGAUUGGACGGCGGCCGAUACCCGGCAAAGGAGCCGAACGGAUGAAGGAGCUUGGCCUCGAAGUUGCUGAGAGGACCAGGGCUUAUGGUGUUGGUCAAGACACCCAGCUCGUCCUAUCUGUUUAG